CGUGCAUCAUGUCAGUUGGAAUCCAGUCAGAGUUGGGUGAAGGAUCAUACGAGGCUGGGGCAUGUCAGAAGUCAAUUAGCUAACUUUGUAAAGGUUAUUUUUUGGCACUGACUAGUGUUUUGGGACUGACUAGUGAAAGAAACAUGUCGGGCUCCCUGGACGCCUGCAGAAUUCGUCUCCUUUCGAGGGCCAAUCAGAGCCAAAUCGGUGUGGACAAGUUUGUGCACAAACAGCUCUGUCUGCCGUGCGAGAAGGGUCCCGAAGGAAGGUUCGAAUUCGAAAGCGUCAAAGAAAAAGUUGCCCGUGGCUUCAUAAAGUUCAACCCACAUGCCCAGCCUCCAGCCGCGAACGCAGCCUUGGCACCGCUGCGAGACGAGGUGCUGCUGAUUGACCCGUGUUCUGGGCAGCUAAGUCCUGGCGCAGACGUGGACCUCGGAAACAAGACGACAAGACCUCAAUUUAUGAACAGACCCUACGCCCCAUCUGACUUGUGGGUUCCAACUGGCUCAAGAGACAGACCGCAGACGCCACCACGGACAGCAGCGGCUGUACAGUAUGAGCCUGCGCCAGACAAACAGUGGAAUUCAAGAGCUCUUUCUGACGCAGCAGUUCGGGCUGGGAUAGGAGGUUGGACGAGUGCGCAAAGAGUGAAACCGGCUGACCCCAAAACUCCGUGCGCGUUGAAGUUCUUCAACUUCUUCCUAGAAAAAGAUGGAGUCACUUCGACCAAAUACUCCAUCUCACCUGAUGUGGUGGACCAGGCGGCUCGUAAUCGCAUCUACACCUCUGUGUCUCAAAGGGGCUAUGAGGACGUUACUUGGGAUACCAAGUUGCCCCGGCGACAGAGGCCCCCAGCAACCACGUUGGAGAAAAAGGCAGACGCUGUGGACCAACGUUUCACGCAGGGGAGAUACCACACCAGGCCUGAGCUAUGGCAGGCUGUUGGGCCUCGGUGGAACCGACACCAAGUCCGAUCCAGCAAUGAUGUGAGGAAACCGCUGUCAUUCACCAGUCCGUGUCCAAAGUCUGGCCAGAUCCCUUUGUACUGUGGUACAAUUGGAUCAAAGAACAUGGACAACAUAGACAUUGGUGGGAAGGACUUCUCACCGUUGACCAUGCUGCGCACUACUAUCCCCGCAUACACUCCCACUUCACAUCGCCCCACCAUCCCGGGCUACACUGGCAAAGGCCACUUUGACAUCCCCAGGGCAUCUAGCUCAACGCUGCCCGCUCUGCCUCGCACUGCUCCGGUACCAGGGGCCAGAGGUUGGAGAGAGCGGGGCAGCCCCUCAGCGUUCGGCCACCCAGGUCCCCUCUCCAGGCAGGUGACCACCGUGCCCCCGCAGAACCCUUUCCUCCACCCACCACCCCCUGUACUGCCCAUCACCGCUUACUGAGACACACACACGCACGCAGUCACCCAGGCACCCAUACAGGCAUGCACGCUGGCAUGCAGAAACACAUGGCACACGCACACACACACACACACACACACACACACACACACACACAGACUGGCAAACAGGCAC